UACUGUAUAAAUGUGCGAAUUGAAAUCGAAAGCCAUGGUGCAGCAUUGGAGACAAUGUCCCUUUAAAGCUGCCUGGGACUGACUCCACCUCCUCGUUUAUACUUCCUGUAUACUCCUGUGACCGAGCUUCUGUGGUCACCAGGGAUUCUGAGGUGUUGGUGCAGCUUCCCUGAAAUUGGAAAGUUUAAAUAAAUUCCUUCCCGACGCUAGAAAAUGGACACGAUGGUAGAGGUUCAAUCGGACUUCCAGAGACAAUUCCAGGUGGCUGUUUCUGUCAUCCAGGCCCUGCCAAAAAAAGGUUCUUACCAGCCGUCCCAUGAGAAGAUGCUGAAGUUUUACAGUUACUACAAACAGGCGACUGUUGGCCCCUGUACCAUCAGCAGGCCUGGCUUCUGGGACCCUGUUGGACGCAUAAAAUGGGAUGCUUGGAAAGCUCUCGGGAACAUGUCAAAAAGAGAAGCCAUGACAAACUACGUGGAAGAGAUUAAAACAUCCGCAGGGGAGGCUGUGGAUAAGAUGGCCGGAGAUGAAAAUGCGGAGCAGCACUUCCUCCUGUUCAAACCGCUCUACGAAGUUAUGGAGGAUAUGCCUCGGCCGCCUGGUUUUCACCUGAAGAAGGUACCGGUAAAGAUGGUCCGAUUUCAAGAGGAUGUCGGGAAAGAUGAUACCAGUGACAACGUGUCAUAUCUAACGGAAGAUGACCAUUCGCAAGGUGAAGAUCUUGAUGCAGAUGUGCAGAUCUUUCAGCUGGAAAGUACCAAGGAACUUGUAAACACCAUGCAACCUCUUGAGAGUUCCCACGAGCUUCAGGCGGCUACACAUGUGACAAACGGCAGUAACUGGAAUUCCACAGUGGAUGUAAUUGAUGCCAAUCAUCCCACGAGUGACUCUGAGAGCGAGGUGUUCUGCGAUUCUGUAGAAGAUCUGGGCCUUGAAAAGAUGUUGGAGAAUCACAGCAGCAGUAUGAUCGCCACGUGUUCUCAAGAUUCUUCCCCUUCACGAGACAUGGCACGCCCUCCACUGGUCCACUGUGUCACAUUGCCUGCCGGUUUGCCAGCUGGGUACCAGCCCACAGCUGACGAUUUACAUCAAUGCCAACAUUCAUGGAGCAAUGGCAAUGGAGAGCAUGCAUUAGUUGUGGGAAGUCGGAAGAAAGGAAAAACAGCAUUUGCAACCCAUUUCUUGGAACCUGAAGAGCUAACCAAGGAGAAUGGCUUGCAGCAGGUUGAAGGCUGGUCCUCGCACAGACUGAGAAAUGGCCUUGUCCACAGCAUAGAGGACAACAAAAGACGGACACACGGAGAGAUGGGUGCAGCCAGUCUCGGUGACAAGGUUGGGAUGGUUCUUGUUCACCUGCAGGAAGAUAUGCAGAACGUCUUACGGCGACUCGGACAUCUUGAAAACCUGGCAACAUCUCAGAUGGAAGCAACUGAGUUGCAACCUUCAUGCUUGAAAAUGACUCUGUUUAAGAGAACUUCCAGGUGGCUGUUCAGCCCAUCCAGACGCACCCUGAUCUUACUGGUUUUGUGGCCCUUCGUUGCUCAGUGGAUUGUCCAUGUCUUCCUGCGCAGGAGGAGGAGCUGAGAAACCAUGCAAAGAUCACGGUGCUUUUGGGUGCUUACUUGUGUGAUUCUUUUCAUCUUUGUCAGACACCAUUUUCGUUGUGCACUGGAAGAAAUUAGUUUGCAAAUGUGUACUCAGCAGCCUUGAGGAAAAUAAACAUAGCACCUAAAUGGCAGAAAUAAACCUUCACCUUUUUGAGAAAAAAACUUAUUGAUUACGAGGAAAAUUGAUUCCAAAGUCAUGCUGGACGGAAGUGAAACUGAUUUUUCAAAAAUAAAACAUUUGAGGGGAAAGGAAGGUUUAACAACCACCUGCUUUUACAAAAGGAAAGCGAUCCUCAACAAUAUAGCUUGAUUGCUAUAUGUGACUCUCCAACCCAUAAAAAUGAGGAAUAUUGUGAGAUACUGUUGCAUUUAUAUUGCUGCAAACAGCAUCAAUGAUGGAAAUAAACUGGUCUCCUGUAACCAGCAUAACAGGUGGAUGGAUGCCCAGCCCAUGGUGUAAUGAGAUACCUGUUCAGAUCAAACAAACACAGUAAUUUACAAUAAAAUUAAAGUCUUUAUGGAUUUGUUGAAGAAUCUCCAUAACCUAAACCCAAGCAAUAUAGUGCAAAGCUUUACAUUUUUAUUCUAAUGAAAAAGUGAGUGAAUUGGUAGUUGAAUGGAGAAUUACGUGCCAGUAAUUCUAGCAAUGCUCUCAGAUGGCAAAGCUCAGGGUGGUCAUGGUCAGAGUGAAUCUAGACUUUGUGAAAGCAGUGGAAUUAUCAAAUAACAAUGUGGAGGACUUGCCAUUGAAGAUAGGGUGCUCCAUGUAACAGUGGGCAUCAGGGACAAACCCCAAACCAAAUUGCUCUGAAGCAACUUGAGCAUCAUUUUAAAAUAGUAAAUAAAAGCUAUUACCACUAUGGAGGAAACAUAUGUAUCUGAAUCCUUGUUCGGGCAAAA